GUGUUUAAAUCAUAUUUCACUAGAAAAUAAAAUGGCUACGUUUCCGAAGUAACUAGAACGUUUGCCUUGGUCUUUUUCCGGUUCGUUAUCGUGUUUCACGCACGGCAAAAUGAAAGCUAAGGGUGAAUUGAAGGAGUUCGAGGUGAUCGGACGCAAAUUGCCGACCGAAAAAGAAAAGACCACACCAUUAUACAAAAUGAGAAUAUUUGCGCCUGAUGCCAUUGUUGCUAAAUCCAGAUUUUGGUAUUUCUUGCGUCAACUUAAAAAAUUUAAAAAAUCUACAGGAGAAAUUGUUUCUUUGAAGCAGAUACCGGAGAAAUCUCCGAUAAAGAUUAAGAACUUUGGCAUUUGGCUAAGAUAUGAUUCAAGAUCUGGAACUCAUAAUAUGUAUAGAGAAUACAGAGAUCUGUCCGUCAGUGGUGCCGUAACGCAAUGUUAUAGAGACAUGGGAGCUCGCCAUCGUGCCCGUGCUCAUUCAAUUCAGAUUAUUAAAGUUGAAGUUGUAGAAGCGGCAAAUUGUAGGAGACCCCAAGUUAAACAAUUUCAUGAUUCAAAAAUCAGAUUCCCAUUACCAAAACGUAUUCAUAAUAGGAAUCGUAUGCCGCUUUUCAGUGUUAGAAAGCCACGUACCUAUUUCCUUUGAAUACUUUAAAUUAAAAAAUUUUUUAAAUUAAAUGAUUUGCACAUUGACAUCAAAUAUUAUUCUAAACAAAAUAAAAUGAUAUUUAUUAUCAUGUCAA